GUACGAAUGAGUUUGUUCUUCGGAUGCUCACUUCCUCGACUUUUCCCGGCUUCUGGGUGGCAUGUUAUAGGGCAAGUAUCUGAAGGGGAACUUUUUCACUUACUGCCGGAAGAAAGUUUUGAACCUUUCGUGAACCUUCUGGUAUUGAAUGGUGAGUAGCUUGGCAAGGAGAAAAGACAUUGCCCAAGAAUGUGUGAUGAAUUACAGUUGAACAUUGUUUGAAGGGUUAGAGGUGAAAGUUUUUAGGGUGGGUGGUAUAUAUAUAUAUAUAGCAAAAGUGCUCAAAGUGUGAAGCAUCAGAAAAGCUCUGCCAAAAGAGAGGCGUGAAGUGGUGAGGAAAAGUGGAGAGUCGACAGUUAAGUGGGUGCACAAUGUGACUCUGGGAUUUUCCGAGAUGAAUCCUAGAAUUAUGGAUAUUUUGUGUGUUUUUGUGAUUAAAUGUGCGAGUGGGUGAAGGCAGAAAAAUUGUGUGGAAAUGUGAAAAAUGGAUGAAUAUGACAAAGCAGCUUGAAUCAUUUUUUCCAAGGCAUAAAUCCAAAACAAUCCAGAGAUGGAAAUAGCUGAAAGUGAUUUUGUCUGCUUGAAGAUGAUAUCAUAAGCUGAUGAAAUACACUGAACUUGUGAGGCAAUUUGGGAUGGGAAUGAGCUACAUUUUGCUGUCCCUCCUCCAGCUUCGAUCAGCUGCAUGUGCGAUGUAAUUGAAAAAUUCAUCGAGAUAAUUUGCUGGGCAUUGAGCCACAUAUUGCAACUCAACACUUUUCCCUCGAUGUUUGUGUGAAACAUUUUCAAUUUCCAUUGUGAGUGGUCGAUUGACAAAUUGUGGCUAAAAAUUUAUAGUGAAACUGGUUUAGUGGGAAUAAACAUAAAUCUAGAUGGUGAAAUGUGUAUCCCUGCCAUUUUUUUUUUGGCACAAAAGUGAAUUUGAACAGAAUUUACGUUGAUUUUGAUUGAAGAGGGAACACAGAGAUUCCAGGUGAAUUUCAAAUAAGAUGCAAAACGGCCAAAAUGUUUGUCAUUGCAAAUGUUGGGGUGGCGAUGUAGCAAGUGCUGGAGAUACCACAGAAUCUGCCCCACACCCCAAUACUAUCACAGUCAGCAUGAAGAGACUUCAACUCGACACAAUGCCAGGCUUGUCUUCACCCACAAGAGUCAUGAAACGAUGGCCAAAUUGUCAUAUGGCAGCCACCAAGUGGAUGAGAAUAAUUCUACUGAGUCUCCUCUUUCGCUACAGCAAUUGUCUUGCGGCGAUUCAUGAAUUUCCGAAAGGUACAAAUGUUGGUGCUGUCACAGACGUGAUAUCCCAUACUGUUUCAGUUGGACAUAAUGUAACGAAUCGCUUCAUAAAAAAUGUGUCAAUCAGCUAUAGUUAUACACCGAAGAAUAAGACAAAUGCCCGAAUAGACUUCUCACUGGGUUUGACCAAUGGUUCAAUUUCCGGUGCAAGGGUGCAGCCAACAGUGGCGAGUGAUAGAGUGACAAGUGGGAAGAAGAGUAAGGUGGACAAUGAUAGUAGAAACAAACAAGAAAUUAGUUUAGAAAAUAUGGACAAGCAGGCGAAUCAAUUGGGAAAUAGUGAUGACAGUCACAGUUCCGGAACGAUUAAUGGGAAUAGUGAAUUGGAAGAAAUGUCGUUCGAAACACAAAACUACACCACAGUGACAACACAAAUCGGAUCAACAUCCACAAUGUUGACCUGCACUGUUCACAACAUUGGGGAAGGAGUGGUGUCCUGGAUCAGGAGAAGUAAGGACGACUAUCACUUACUCACUGUGGGACUGACAACCUACAGCAGUGACGAACGCUUCAACGCCAUCCACAGAGAAGACUCCGAUGAGUGGACUCUGCAAAUAAAAUUUGUCCAAUUGAGGGAUUCUGGAGUGUAUGAGUGUCAGGUCUCUUCGCAUCCCCCAUCGUCGAUUAUGAUUCAAUUAGACGUUGUGGAGGCAAGAGCAGAGAUUACUGGCCCAGCUGAGAAGUACUUGAAGCCGGGUUCAACUUUAAGGCUUGCCUGCCGUGUUCAACAGAGUACUGAGCCACCUCUGUAUAUCUUUUGGUAUCACAACAAUCGUAUGAUUAACUACGAUUCAGAUCGAGGUGUCAAUGUGACCACAGAGGCGGAUAAUCGGUAUUCAGAGCUGUUGAUUGAACAGGCAUCCUAUUCCCAUGCCGGUAACUAUUCCUGUGUACCCAAUAGUGCCGUUCUCGCCAGCACAGUCGUCCACAUAUUCAAUGGUGAAAAUCCAGCCGCAAUACAUCAUGUUGGUCACGGCUAUCCCGUUCUAUCUUCUGCACCAACACGACUUGUAGUGCUCACCGUUGUCAUAUUAAUUUUCAUUUCGUAAAGAGCUGAAGGGAAAAGAGAAAAUUAAUAAGGAAAAUUGUGCCCUCCAACUGGAACACCUCUCUACCAACAAUUUUUCUCCCAACAUCCGACAACUAGACACUUCCUUGCACCAUUAAUUAAGACACCCCCCAAACCCAUUCAGGCAGAAAGAUUGUUGAGAUACUUCAAGUUUCCACCCUCUAACUUAAAUCUCUGUCUUGGGACUAAAACAAAUUGAGUGAACAGUUUAAUAUUAACAUAAUGUGAAAGAAAUAGUUGGUAAUAUUUGUACCUCCAGGAUAACACUUAAGGCAGUUUGAAAAUCGAUAGAGGAAUGUUUAUUAGUUUUCAAGAACGAAAAUGUUAUUGAGAUAUUUUGUAGGUUUAUUACUAAAACCGAGAAUAUGAAAAGCACAAAAGAAAAUUAUAGAAAAAUUUAUAGUUAUUACAGUCCAGCAUUGAAUUUGAUCUGUUGAUUUCCAUUAAAAUUCUCAUCUCAAUUUCAAUUUUAUUUUAUUUCACACACAAGUAUUUACCAAUUUCUUAAGCAAACACUUUCAAACCAAUAAAAUUUUUCGAAAAUAUAAUUUUAUAUGUUUAUUGGUGGCUCAAAUGACUUUCUCUAUAUGUAUUCUUUUAUUGAGCGUUUCCUAAAGAAAAUAUUGAAUUUAUUGCUGUAUAGUUUAAAUUUAUGAUAUACCAAACUUUAAAUAAUAUUUAGGUACCCUCAACCAGCGAUUGACAACUUGCUAUCUGCAAAAUAUUCUUAAUAAAAAUUUGUAUAAUUACUUUUUGGAUCCAAAGCAUAUACAUUGACUUUUAAAGGUAAGAAAAACAUUUUGUUUUAUUCCAAGCUUCUCAUUAUUGUAUUAAAAGGUAGCUUCUUAAGACUCAAGUUUUCAUUUUUGAAAUUAAAGAUUUAUUUUAUUAAAAGAUUUUCUAUAAUUUUUCGAAGCAAGUUUUAUAAAAAAAUUAGUUUCCUAAUUUCCAAAAAAAUUUGGUUUAGUUCCAAAUUAGAAUGGAAGUCCAAACAGCAGAAUAAUAAUCCUAGGCACAUGUCAACCAACCGUGAAAAAUUUCAGAGAAUUUAGUUAACAACGAUACUUUAACACGGGUUUCCAGCUAAAACUUUUAACCUCGUUCACAAUUGCCGUAUUAAGAGUCUAAAGAGAUUUUUGCCUUACUUGAAAAUUAUAAAAAAAAUUCUACAAGAAUCAAACUUGCAUAAAAUAAUUAAAAUCAGUGAAUCUUCAUAUCUAAUGCCCCAUAUGCACGUACGACUUAAUCUGAGAUCUAACUCUUUCGCGUCACACUUUUAUUCAGCAAGUGAAUUCAUGUAAAAUUGAGUUUUUCCCAAUGCUUUAUGAUCAAAUAUAAUAGUUCCGAGAGGAAAAAAAAUUUCCAUUGCGUGAAAACUCGGAAAAACUCAUAUAUGGGUCAUAUAUGACCCUAUUGUCGUGAAGGGAAGUAUACAUACCAUUUUCAAAAUCUAUAUCACGGGCUUUCUAAGAGUUUUUUUGCUUGAAGUUAUUAAUUUGGCUAAAACAAUGGCAAACUGGAUUGUUUUGAUGAACACUAUACUCCUGGUGUUCAAGGAAUCCUCCUGGUAAUCCCUUGAACAAUCUCUGUCACAAUAUUUUGAGUGGUAUUUGGCAAAAAUAAACUUAUCCACAUAUUUAUUCAGACACAAUACAAUUGCACAAUAUGAGACGCUUGCAGAAUACUCUAAAAUAUUGCAAAAUAUGUUAUAAUUCAUCAGAUAUAAGAUGAAAUGUCCAGGAGAAAGAUAUUUUCCUUCUCGACUUCACAAAGAAAAACAAUGUCCCAACUGUCCCAACUACAUUGUUGACACGAAAACACUUACAUAAACUUUUUCCUUCCCGACAAUAGGGUCAUAUAUGACCCGGAAAAUUCUACACGCUUUUCUGGAAAAUUGAGAGUAGUUUAUUAUAUCAAAAUAUGCAAUGUAUAAUCUUUGGAUAUUCUAUUUUGUGCUUCUAAAGAACUUUUUGCUGAAAAAAAUAAAUGAAUAUAAAAAAUUUUGAAAAAGAAAAGUCAUUUCAUAAAGUUCGAAAUUCGUGAUUUUUGAUCUUAAACAUUUUCUUUUCCUGAAUA